AUGUCUGGUGGUUAUCCUCAGCAAGGUUACCAAUCUCGACCACCCUCGAACUGGGCUCCCCCUGCUCCAAUGCAACAACCUGGUUAUGGCUAUGUGCAACCUGGAGCAUAUUCUGGUCCAUCACCUCAGUAUAACAUGCCUCAACCACCAUAUGCAGGCUAUCCUCCACAACAACCAGGUGGAUACUCCACCGGCUGGGACCAGUCUUCUGCACCACCUCACCAGCAAUCUACUGGUGGCUAUGAUUACUAUAGUCAACAGCCACAGCAACCACAAAAUCCUGGUGGGCCUGCACCUCCAGGGGAUGGCUCUGCAUACAAUUACAGUCAACCACCUUCCUCUGGUUACAGCCAAUCGGGACAGGGUUAUGACAGCUAUAGUGCAUAUAAUGCGCAAUCUCAAUCAGGGUAUGGACAGCCACCAACAUAUGACCAGCAGCAAGGCUAUGGCUCAGCUACCACUGGCUAUGGUAGUGGGAGUAACCCAGCACAGGAGGGCCACCCUGCCAGUUAUGCAUCCCAGGGAGAUUCGGCCCAAGCUCCAUCUUCCCAACCGACCAGCAUUGCGCAGCAAGGUUAUCCUACCAGUCAACAGCCCAGUUCAAACACUGCCAACUACCCACCUCAGGGAACUCCUCAGUCAGGUUAUGGGGUUCCCCCUACAUCCCAAGCCGGAUAUGGAAAUCAACCACAGGCAGGUUAUGGACCUGGUUAUGGAGCUCCUCAAUCUCAAAAACCAAGUGCCAAUCCUCCUGUUUAUGGACAAUCACAGUCACCUAGUGGAGUAGGAGGCUAUGGUCAGUCAGCAUAUCCUGCUCAGCCUCCGCCUGCAGGAUAUACUCAACCCCAACCAGAAUCAGGUGCUCAGAGAGCACCACCAUCUGGUUAUGGUGCAGGGCAACCAGGGUAUGGUUCUCAAACCUAUGGUGCUGCUCCUCAUGGUGGCCAGCCUUAUGGUCAGGCACCGCCACCAUACAGCAACAGUUCAUAUGGUGCUGGUUAUGCUCAGGCUCCAGCAUACACUGGUGAUGGUAAUGCCAGUGGUAAUUCUCAGCCUUCUCAGACUGUCGUUGCUAAAGCAUCGCCGCAAAGUUGA